AACUGGGAGAAGGCGCUGGCUGCUCGGUGGUGAAGGGAAACCUGGAGAUCAGGUCGUCUCUGUCACACGGUGCCAACCCCUCCCUGCCUGCCAUUUACUCCGCUGCGGUGAUUUAUAGUGAGAGGAACGGAGUGAAACAUGCAGACGCACCGAGGAGGAGGAGAGCAGCUGGAGGACCAGGCUUCCUGCAAAGCUGUGUGAGCUCCUUCCUGUGAAGAGCACCUUCCUCCCCCAGCAGCCGGGCGGCCGGGUGCAGGCUGCCAGCAGGUCUCAGCCCAGCAUGAUCAGAUCCCUCCACCCAGCAGCCUCUGUGGUGCGAGGAGCGUGCGGCCCAGCAGCCACCAUGUCAUGUGUGUAGAGGAUCGGUGGCGGCCCCAGGCGGGAUGCUGCUGGAAGCUGGUCAGUAUGAAUCUGCUGGACUUGUGGCUGUCGCGCUCCAUCCCCAUGUGCCUGCUGCUUCAGAGCCUCGUCCUCAUGGCCCUGUGCUUCCCCUCGGCCAGCAUGUGUCCCAAAGGCUGCAGCUGUCUGCGCGACCCCCACCUCCACGGCCUCAACGUCACCUGCAGCCAGUCCCGCCUCAAAGAGAUUCCCCCCAACCUGCCCAUGGACACCGUCCUCCUGCGGCUGGAACACAACCAAAUAGGCGCUGUGCCUGACCAAGCCUUCCGGGGGCUGCGUCUGCUGAGGGAGCUUAACCUCUCCUAUAAUGCGGUGGAAACUUUAGGGGAGGGUUCCUUCAGUGGCAUAGAGGGGACCCUGCAGGUGCUGGACCUUUCCCACAACCGCAUCACUAGCGUUCACAGGGAUGCUUUCGCCCGGCUGAAGGCCCGCAUCAUCGUGGACGAUAACCCCUGGCACUGUGACUGCGCCCUUCAGCAGGCCAUCGGCGGAAUGGCUCACAACCACGAGGCCGCUGCCAGGCUCCUCUGCAGGAGCUCAGAGCUUCUGGAUCAGGAGGGCCGGCCCUUCUUGGCUGUGGACACUGACCUCUGUAACCUGGCCAAAAGGACCACAGACUACGCCAUGCUGGUCACCAUGUUCGGUUGGUUCGCCAUGGUCAUAUCGUACGUGGUUUACUACGUCCGUCAGAACCAGGAGGACGCCCGCCGUCACCUGGAGUACCUCAAGUCUCUCCCAAGCAAGCCCAAGAAACCCGAUGAUGCUGAUGACAUAAGCACUGUUGCCUGACAGCAGCAGCGUUGCCGUGACGCUCCGUCGGACUCCGUGAAAUGUUUACGCUACAGGACCCACAUUUAUAUAGACUACUGGUUUAAGUCUUCGCCUCUGUUGGCAUCCAGAGGUCUGAACUAUCGUUGUACGUCUUUAACAGGCUGAGUUUGUGUUUGAAGUGAAAUCAGGCGAGAAAUGAAGAACGGGCCGCAGCAUCUUCAAACCACAGCGUUCUGAAAAUCUCAGGUUCAAACAGCGAAACGCUUUUUAAAUGAUGACUGGAAAUAUUUGGGAAAUGAAAACAUUUAGUUAUUAAACCAGAAGAGAAACUUAAAAACAGUUUUUGUUUGAGCAACACAGUGUUUUAAAAAGUUUCUAUCCUUAAUUCACUACAUUUAACUAGUAAAAUCCUAAACCUUACCAAGCAGAUUCCUGCCAGAGAGAGAAGACAGAAUGCUUUAGUUGGUGUUUGUGUUUUUCAUGGACAGGCGGACGUAGUUCUGAUGUGAAACAGAUGCUGUGAUGCUUUGCCUUCUUACAGAUUAGACUUUUUUUUGUCACAUAAUAUUUCUGUUCUUCCAGAGUUAAUACAAAAAGCUUUAAGUUAUCAUUUAAUGUGUUAAAGCUAUUUAAACCGGCUUCGACCAGCGAUCUAAAAUCACUGCGGAGUGGUGAACAUCUCUGCUUUGCACCAAUCUUUUCAUUUGAACAUAUUUUCAGGAUGACCUGCCUGAUUAAG